UUACUUGAUUUCGUGGUGAAACAGUCUGUAGUCAGUCUACAGAGCCGUGCGCCUUUACGCACUUGGAGAAGUCUGCAGGACUUUGGGCACCAGAAAAAACAUUCUUGCAACUUUUAUUGGGCAAACAUGACAGAGGAGAACAAGUCACUGACGGACCAUCCAUGCAGUCCGGCGGGCAGCGACAGCUCUGUGACCCCGCAUGGUUCGGACUCAGAGUCUCUGGCUUCUCCAGCAGGGUCGGACGCACAGGCGACUGCGUCCGUAAAUACGCACAAGCCGGAGAGCAGCACGGAGGAUGAGCGCUUCCCCGCCUGCAUUCGCGACGCGGUGUCGCAGGUGCUGAAAGGUUACGACUGGUCGCUGUUGCCGAUGCCCAAUCAAGGGGAGAGGGGGCUGAAGAACAAACCUCAUGUGAAACGGCCGAUGAACGCGUUCAUGGUUUGGGCGCAGGCAGCGCGGAGGAAGCUGGCGGACCAGUAUCCUCAUCUGCACAACGCCGAGCUCAGUAAGACUCUGGGUAAACUGUGGCGGCUUCUCUCCGAAUCAGAGAAGCGUCCUUUCAUCGAGGAAGCAGAGAGGCUGAGGCUGCAGCACAAGAUAGACUACCCGGACUACAAGUACCAGCCUCGGAGACGCAAGAGCUCCAAAACCGGUCAAGGGGAUGGUAGACCGGGACUGGUCCAACAGCAGCAUCACCAGCAGUGUGUGUAUAAGACAGAACCAGGGAUGGUGCUGGCUGGGACGGGGGAUGUACACCAUCAUUACCAUGCAGACAGGACAGGUCAGUCUCAUGGACCUCCAACACCUCCCACUACCCCUAAAACUGACCUUCCCGUGGGGAGCAAACAUGAGUCCCACCGGCUUGUGGACGGCAGCACCGGCUCUGCUCCUCCAUCCAGCCGUCAGAACAUUGACUUUAGCAACGUGGACAUCUCAGAGCUCAGCACCGACGUCAUCAGCACCAUCGAUGGGUUUGAUGUCCAUGAGUUCGACCAGUACUUGCCUCCCAACAGCCACGGCUCUGCUGUUCUAACCCCGCCAGAUACCAGCCACGCACAUAAUAACCCCCCUGGAUCAUUCAUCCUACCCAGCAUCCACUCUCAAUCCCACAGCAUUCCCACUUGGACUCCCAGAACUUCUGGUGGGACUUCCACUGGAAUGCCACCAUCUUCUUCUACUCGUGACACCCAUGGGCCCCAUGAGGACACCAGCCACAAACCUCAGAUUAAAACUGAGCAGAUGAGCCCAGGUCACUACAGCAGCUCCUCCUCCUCCACUCCUCCACCACCACAACCCGAGUACACCUCCCUCAGCUCGGAAGCCUGCCCUUCCUCCACAUCCUCCACAUCUUCCGCCAACCAGUCUGACUACACUGACCUUCAGAGCUCCAGUUUCUACAGCGCCUUUUCUGGCUAUCCUGCCAGUCUCUAUCAGUACCCUUACUUCCAUUCCUCCAGAGGGCCCUAUGCCACACAGCUUAUCAACAGCCUGGCCUUGGCACCACCUCCGCACAGUCCUCCCUCUGGCUGGGAGCAACCUAUGUACACAACGCUCAGCAGGCCUUGA